AUGGCAGAAGUAGCAGAUGCCCGCGUGUUGCGCACCUUCAAUGCCGCCGUUAUCAGUGGUGUGGCAGGAGGGUGUGCCCAGGUAAUGUACGUCUUUCCUUUGAUGUGGCUGCGGACCAUCAUGGAGUACCAAUACAAGAAUGGUGAAGGCACCGUCAAGGUCGCACGAACUCUUUAUCGUGAAGGUGGAGUUGCUCGGUUCUACCGAGGCUUGAUGCCCGCGCUGAUUCUGGCUCCCACAGCAAGAUUUGGAGAUACCGCGGCGAACGAGCUAGCGCUCUCGAGCUUGGCGAAAGUGGAGAUGCCCUUGGCGCUGAAGACGCUCUGCGCCUCUGUGACUGCGGCCACUUUUCGUGUGGCCAUUCUGCCUUUGGAUGCAUGGAAGGUGAACAAGCAGGUUCACGGCAAGGCCGGCUUGCAGGUUCUCGUGCGCAAGGCGACUGUGAACCCCUUGUCACUUUGGCAUGGUGGCCUGGGUGUCUUGGUUACAGGAGCCUUUGGACACUACCCGUGGUUCUACACGAAUAACCUGCUUCGCGAAAUUCUUCCUCCCUUCGAGAUGAGGUAUGGGAAGCAUGUCCGGCAUGCCUUCAUUGGCUUCACCUCAUCGGUGGUGGCGGACACGAUCUGUAACCCUAUCCGAGUCCUGAAAGUGAAUCGGCAAACGUCACUGAGCCGUAUCAGUUACCUCGAAGCAGCCCAUGGCAUUAUUCAAAAGGAGGGUUUGAUGGGACUCUGGUCCCGUGGGCUUAAGACUCGCAUCUUCGCCAAUGGCGUGCAGGGCUCGCUUUUCACUGUGGGCUGGAGAUAUUUCUCGGAAGUGCUCAGUGGCGGGCUGCCGCUUCCCGCCGAGCUGGGAGGCCCCGUGGCCCUGACGCCAGGUCCAGCCACCGCCCCGUCGCCCGAAGCCUUGGAGAAGAAAGGCAAGCAGGGUCUGCAGGCGGACUCGGAAGUUGCGGCCAGUAUGCUGGAAGUGCGAAGGGGAAUCAGUGACGACGAUUCGGAUGCUCCUUUGGCGACGCGUAUCAAGAGACGCCGUGCAACGGCGCCAGGGAGGCUGACCCCCGGGAAGGCGCUGAAGGCGCCGAAGGCCAAGGCCCGAGCAGCGGCGCCGUCAGCCAGGCCGAGGACCCCUGCUUCACAGGCCAACCCGGAGAGUGAGUCCAAAGCUCCCGAGCGGUCGAAGAAGCGGGCGGCGCCGUCAAGACAGGAGCCCUCCAACAAAUGUCGAAAGGCUGCUGGCUCCAAGGAGACCCCGAAACCGAGGGCUUUGAGGACUCUGAAGGACACGGCCUUCGCGAACCCAGCAGAAGCAGCAGUGGCGGCUGCGAACGGCCGGCCGGUCUUUGCAACCACAGGUCUUGAGCUCUCGACCAGGCAGCAAAAGGUUCUGCUCGAUCUGCAGGGACUGAUGGUUGCAGAAUGGAAUCCACAUGUCUCGCACCUGAUCGCGGACACCUUCCGACGGACCACGAAGAUGAUGUGUGCCAUCUGCACUGGCGCCCACAUCCUCUCGACAGAAUAUGUGAAGGCCUGCCGCGAGGCUGGCCGGCUCGUGGACGAAGCUGCGUUUCUUCUCAAGGAUGAGGUGUGCGAAGCCGCCUUCGCGCGGAAGAGGGGGGUCUCACAAGGAUACUCCUUGGCGGCAGCUAUUCAGCGUGCGCGCCAGAAUGGCCCGCUACUGCAGGGGAUGUCGGUCUACUGCUUCCCAUCUGUAGGGGAAAAGCGUGAGCUACCAAUGUUGGUUGCCGCUGCCGGAGGAACGUGGCUGAAGCGCUUCCCUUUGCAGCCGGCAUGUUCUUCCGUGCUGCUCCUCGCCGAGCGCUGUGUCAGCAGCGAGAGGGAGCAGCAGCGGCGUCGUGUCUACGAGGUGUACGAUGUGGAGCUACUGCGUGAGGCCGCAUGUACACAGGAACUCCGACGAUCAGCAUAUCGACUCCAGUGA